CGCGCUCUUCCACUGUGCUGAUUGGCCCAUUCAUUCAUUCGCUCCAUCGACUCGCUCGCCCUUCAUCGAAAUGUCAGUGUUAGGACGGAGAGGAAUUCAUUACUUUCACAAACUAAAUUCUGCAAACGUUCCCACCUCAUUGAUUCAGAAGGGUCAAAAUCGUGUUAUUGAAGCAUCUCUAACACUCAUUCGCGAGAGGGCAAAGCUCAAGGGUGAGCUGGUGCGUGCUUUAGGAGGCGCUGUAGCAUCAGCUUCUCUUCUUGGAGUUCCUUUGGGACAUAACUCAUCAUUUCUUCAAGGCCCAGCGUUUGCACCUCCUCGGAUCAGGGAAGCCAUCUGGUGCGGGAGCACAAAUCCAACUACAGAAGAAGGGAAAGAAGUUACCGACCCCAGAGUGCUAACUGACGUUGGUGAUGUCCCUGUCCAAGAAAUCAGGGACUGUGGUGUAGAUGAUGAAAGAUUGAUGAAAGUUGUGAGCGAGUCUGUAAAGCUGGUCAUGGAAGAGGAUCCACUACGCCCAUUGGUUUUAGGAGGCGACCACUCCAUAUCUUACCCCGUCAUCAGAGCUGUUUCUGAGAAGCUUGGGGGUCAAGUUGAUAUCCUUCAUCUAGAUGCCCAUCCUGAUAAUUAUAAUGCUUAUGAAGGAAACUAUUUUUCACAUGCUUCUUCUUUUGCACGAAUUAUGGAAGGUGGUUAUGCCAGGCGACUUUUGCAGGUUGGUAUAAGAUCAAUAUCUCAAGAAGGAAGAGAGCAGUGCAAAAGAUUUGGAGUGGAGCUAUACGAAAUGCGAACCUUUUCGAGAGAUCGCGAAUAUUUGGAAAAUUUGAAAUUGGGGGAAGGCGUAAAGGGUGUUUACGUUUCAAUAGAUUUGGACUCUCUCGAUCCAGCAUUCGCUCCUGGAGUGUCUCAUAUUGAGCCAGGAGGUUUGUCUUUCCGUGAUGUUCUGAACAUCAUUCACAAUCUCAAAGGGGAUAUCGUGGGCGCCGAUGUCGUUGAGUUCAACCCUCAGCGAGACACCGUCGAUGGGAUGACAGCCAUGGUUGCUGCUAAGUUGGUAAGAGAACUCACAGCUAAGAUAGCAAAGUGAAAAAAAGGAAGCCUCGUCUACUUCAAUCUAUUAGGUUUCUUGCUACUGUUCUUAAUCACCCAAUAACUACUAGUGAAGUGAGAGUGAUGAGCCAAGGUUUUAUAUGUACUUUAGGCAAUAUGGUUUAUCAUUCAAAAGUUGAAGAAACCGUAUAUACGGAAUAAAAAUUGAAAAUCGUCCUUCUGCGUCA